AGGGAAAAAUGGAAGAUGUGCUAGCAGAAUCAAAUGCUGCGAACUUGAAGGAGAAGGAUUCAUUAGUUUCGCUAGUAUUAGUGUUUGCCGGAAAAGAAAGUGAUGAAAUUCUACUCAAAGAGCUGCAGCCAAGCUUAAAUCUUCGAAGCUUAGAAAUAAGAGGCUACGGGAGUGCAAGGUUUCCAAGCUGGAUAUCUCGCAUGGUUGAGAUAGUGGAGCUACGGUUGUUUGAUUGUGCAGGAUGCAAAAGCCUCCCAGCACUUGGUGAGCUUACUAGCCUCAAGCGUUUGGAAAUUGGUGCGCUACCUAUAGUGGAGUACACAGAGAGUGAUCUUCAUACCCUCUCAUCACUUCCUAAUCUCUCUGCACUGAGGAUAUGGGAAAGUCCUAAUUUGGAACGGAUUCCACCACUUCUACAUCUCAAGGAGUUGAAAUUUCCUAGUUUCCCUUUGGAAUCGUUGCAGACCUCAGUUGCCACUAUUGAACAUGUAAUUGCUAUUGAUGAUCGAGUGAAAGAUGUAAUCAAGUUAUUGGAAAUAGAAGAUGAUGGGGGUAAAGCGUGCAUGGUUGGAAUCGGUGGAACUACUGGAAUCGGCAAGACAACUAUUGCGAAGGUCGUGUACGACUGACUCUCCUCUCGUUUUGACAGUAGUAGCUUUCUUGCAGAGAUUGGAGAAACAGCACAAAAUGUUGGUGGUAUUCAGUUUGUGCAAAUUAAGUUGAUAUCUGAUAUUCAUAAGCGAGAUGGCAAUAUUGCUUCUCUCAAAAGAGGAAUCAAGUUCUUCCUGGAUGUAUUUCGCAGUAUAAAAGUUCUUAUUGUCCUAGAUGAUGUGGAAGAACAGUCUCAUCUUAGUGAUCUCGUAGGAGACCAGCUUGACUGGUUUGAUUCUGGAAGUCGAAUAAUUGUUACUUCAGAAAAUGAUGGAAUUCUCCAAAGAUAUGUUUCUCAAGGCCUGGCUUGUACCUAUGAAGUGACUGAGAUGGAUAAUGAUCAAGCUCUUGAACUUUUUUGCAAGCAUGCUUCAAGAACAGAUAAUUUUAUACCUGACUGUCCUGAAAUUGUGAAUCGCAUUGUCAAAGCUACGGGGCAGGUUCCACAUGCUAUUGAAGUCAUCGGUUCAUUUCUGCGUGGAAAAACAAUAGAAGAUUGGAGGAAGAUAGAGGACCUGAUAAAACCAAGGAAGGAGAACUCUCGAGAGAUUCUGAAGGAUUGCAGGGAGAUUUUGAAAAUCUGCUAUGAAGCAUUAGAUGAAAAGCAGAAACAAAUAUUUUGGGACAUAGCAUGGUUUGCCAAUGGCAUGGAUAGCCGAAUUGCGUCAUAUAUGUGGCCUGAUCGAGAUUUUUUGCCUUCUCACCAUGUUUUGAUGCCCCUAGCAAAAAUUGGAGAAGACAACAUGCUGUGGAUGCAUAAACUGUUGAAGCGCCUCAGCAGAACUAUAGAUCAAGAAGAGCCUAGAUAUACUGUAAGGCACAGUAGACUAUACAUGGAUGAUACAGACCUGACAGUAAUCAACCGGAAAGAGGGACUGGAAGAGGUGGAAGCCCUUUGCUUUGACUUCAAAAAUUGUCCUCUCCAUGUAUGUACAGAAACCUAUUUCAAGAGCAUGCCAAACAUAAGUUUCUUGCUAUUGGAUCAUGCAAGUAUGACUGGAAAUUUUGUAAAUGUAUUUCCAAAGUUAAGGUGGCUUUGUUGGCGAGGGUGCCCGAGGGAUUCUAACAGCUACCUUGCCUCUCCAGGACAUCAUCAAUGACUAUUUUGAAGAUGC